AUGAACUCAUGGCCGUCCACACGUCAGCUGCGCGACGCCAAGCGUAGGCGACCGCAGGGCGAUGCAGACAAAAUUCGACAAGACUUGGUGUGCAUUCGAGCUGACAUGUCGUCCCUGCAAGCUCAAGUCGACGACCUUCAGUACACGCUGGCUAUUUGGGUCAGGAUGCGUCAAGCUGCCUCAUACGGCCGUGUGAAGCGCCAACGCACAUCCGCGACGAUUGCGCAUCGGCUCAUGUCGGUGACGUCGCCAGACGCUUAG